UGCUUCAUUUCAGAACUUUGUUGCUGCACUCGCGCUGUACGAAUGUCAGGGUUUCACAUUGUCGAGUUCCGAAGUGAAAAGAGCACAUAUGUUGUUCCCACAAAUUGGGUGACUCGUAGAAAGCGACAUGUGAUGUGCUUUUGGCCUCCAACUGACCUGCAAAGCGAAGUGGAUCGCUUGGUGCGGUCAAUGACUCCAGCAGAAGAUGACUGGCCAAUGUACAAGGCCAGGAUUCUUGGCACUAAAGGCACAUAUGAACGAGCCAAGGAGUUCUUGCCACAAGCGUGUUACACGUCAAACAUGGACACCGAAGAUUCAGACACUCGGAAAAAAGGACGCCGGAAGAGGAAGAGAAGAGAUUUCUCUGAAAGCGAUGACGACACAUGCAGUUCAGAGAGUUCAUCCAGUCGGGGUAAAUUUUUGCCUUUUUUGCCAGUCUCAUCAAAAGCAUUUUUUUUGCUGGCUUGUUGAU